AUGCUAUGGUUAUGCCAUCCACCGAAAGAUCUUGAAAUUGACUUUGUUAUCGGCCACGGGGUAGUGCUUGGUCGUCAAGCACAAAUUAUAACAGAUAAUCGCUCAUGCAAGUGGGUACAAUUUGUGCACACCGACCCAGAGGAGCUGGGGAUGUUCAAAGAUUACGCAGAUGCAGUUUCAAAGGGAGAAGAGAAGCAUCAAACGGAAGUCAAACUCUGCGAAAUGGCCGACUUCGUUGUGGCAGUGGGUCCUAAACUGGCAGAGGCUUAUCGUUCCUACCUUCGACAUUGUGGGAAAGACCGAAAUGUCUUUGAGCUUACACCAGGUAUCUUCAGCGAGUUCUCUAACGUACUGCAAAGCACGCAAGAAGAGGGCAAAUUUCGAGUUUUAUCUUUUGGGCGUGGCGAUGCCGAAGACUUCCACUUGAAGGGAUUUGACGUCGCGGCCAAAGCCGUAGCAAAUCUUCAUAAUGCUCAUCUGAUCUUUGUUGGCGCUGCGAGCAAGGAACAAGACGAAGUGGCAGAGCGUUUGAAGAAAUGCGAUUUACCUCCAAGUCGUCUCAGAGUAAGGGCUUACAAGGAUAAACGAGAAGGCUUAAAACAGCUUUUCUCUGGGGUGGAUCUUGCUUUAAUGCCGUCGAGAACCGAGGGUUUUGGACUCGCCGCUUUGGAAGCCCUAUCUGCAGGACUACCUGUUUUGGUCAGUGCCAAUUCAGGAUUCGGAGAAGCCCUUGGUAAAGUGCCUUUUGGUUCAGGAUGUGUGAUUUCCUCUGACGAUGCUGGAGUAUGGGCUGAAGAAAUCGGCAAGGUGAUGAAAAAGCCAAGAGUCACCCGCUUGGAGGAAUCAAAAUCAAUCCUCGAAAAUUAUGCCAAAAAGUACAACUGGCAGGAACAAACCAAAGAUCUCGUUGAAAAAAUCAUGGCCAUUCGUAAGGGUAGGCAGUUCUAUUGUUAUCUGAUUUUGUGAAAUAAUUCAUAAAUGCAGUCAUAUGCCACCUACAUUUUUCUCAUUUAUUGCUUUAAUUAAUCUGUAUAGUGAUUUUAAAGAUGAAUUGACAAAUCGACAUUAAAUGUUAGGAUUGAAGAAUCAUCAGAGUUAACCAAGGGCCAUUUUGGUUGUGAGUGUUUUGUACAGGCAAUCACAUGAUUUCGAGUGCAAUUUGGGAUGAAUCAGCACAAGUAAAUUUUUUCAAAGGUUAACCAAAUUGUAAUUAAUUUUGUGGUCUUUGAAAAAUUUACAACUAUUUAUUUAUCCCAAAUUGUACGAGAAUAACCGUGUGAUUACUUGUUAGUAUAUACAUGCAAAAAUUUGACUUGCUCUUCCUCUUUUGCGUGUCACCGAGCCACUCCUCCUUGUUCCCGCCUACAAAUGACAGCCUCGACCAAGAUUGGUCUAGAUUUUGAUAGUUGAAUACCUGACGGACAAAAACCACUAGAAGCUCGAAAUUUGUUUACCGAAAAGUGAAGCCUUUUGUCGUUUUACGCUUUUAACUUUUCAAGUUAUUCCACUUCCGCCACGGAAAGAACUACAACUGCGAUAAAGAUUAUAUUCCUUUGUUGUGUUUUGUAUAUUUGGGUUUUGGUUGAGGAAAGCGUCGCAACGGGGAUUUCAGCGAUGGCUGUUUUUGUCUGGUUUAACGGCGAGCAUAAUUAUUUUAAGUUUCAGUCAUACGGCACGGUGACUCAUAAGAUAAAUGUGCACAAGCUUUUAAACAGUUUUCUGACUGUAAAUGAAAAGGGCAAGUUCUAAAGAAAACUUAGUCGUCGUGUUGGUUUUAAAAAGAAGGCUUUAAGCGGGUAUGUUCGUCUAGUAUUCGCCUUCCAAACGCGAAGCCGACUAAAAUACAAACACACAGAAAACAUUAGGUUUUAAAAAAGAUUUUCCGCAACUCCUCAAUCACACUACUUUCUUAUGAAAGGUGAUUUUGUUUUCAGACAUUUUUCCUGUUUUGAGUGUCCUUCAAGAAUUUUGCAUUUUGCUAUUUGGGAGGGAGUAAGGGAGGGUACGAAUAUCUCAAAACCGCACAGAAUAACAUAAGAAAACCGCAAACCGCUUGGUUAUGUAAAACAGCAAGACCGCACCAAAAAUCGAGCAAAACCGCAUCACCGCAAACUUACGCCCCCUGAUUAAUGGCUUUGUUUCUUCUGGUUUCGUUCUUGGAGUGUGGGUCAAAAUGCCGCGUAAAUGAAACUGAAAUCAGACUUGCUUUUUAAUUAUGGUUGCAGGACUUGUGAUUUACGUCUGUUUGCACAUUCUCCACCCUCACCGAAAAAAAUACGGAAAGGAGUUGUCGAUUGUUCUACUGACAGACCGUUAACUCACCUGGCGCUGUUGAUCAAUUUAAUUUCAACUUUCUGCAAUCAAUUUCAACUUUUUGCACUCAAAAAUUUCAACUUUCUGGACUGUUUGGGAUUAAUUGACGUGCUCUGAUCUCAGCCAAUGAGCGUGCUUAAAUUAUUGCACGUAUAUUAUUAGUGUAUCAAUUAUAAGGAACCUCUAAGGUCUGAAAAGCUAGAAAGUAAAAUAAGACGAUUAAAGGGAGCAUUACUAUAUUACAAACGAAACGUUAAUCACUGUCACCGGCCGUACGGUCCUACUCGGGACCAUAGUUACGUAGAUACUCUCGUUUGCAGGGAGGAUUGUAAACAGUCUACUCACUACCAUAUAAAAAUUUGUUAUUUCAGAAUUAGACAUGAUUUCUAUUAACUUUUCUUCUUUUUUUAACUUCAUAUCUAAAACAUAAAUUUCUGCUUUAAUUUCAUUUUUUUAUAGAUUCCCCGCGAACAUCAUCUUCGGACGGCGCUAAGAAGCGAAAAGGAGAUUCUCUAUCAACAGGUGAUUGAAAGGGUAUCAAUACAAGCUAGGAAUAACACAUUAUUUAUAUCACAAAUAGAUAAGUUCAAACCUUUGGUUCUUGUCCUGCUGUUUUUGACCUGACGUCUUAGCUUUCAGAUUAAUAGCCUGUUCCAGGCGUUUAGAUAGUGGUGAGCAAGUUAAAUCGUACGCGGCGAGCCCAAAACGAAACACGAGGGGAGACUGGGCGGGAGCGAGAAAACCCCCCCUUUUCCAGCCCUAUUUUUCCCUCGUCAAUGGAACAGGCUAUCAGAUUAUGUAGGAAGCUUGUACUUCAACCCAGCCGGCACCGGUUUCCGUUGUUUAAAGGGGAAGGAUAAGAGGCAGUUCUCCUGCUUGAAACUGGUGGACAGAAAGGACCUUUCUUCAUUAAAAGUGAACUAAUUAAAUUACCAUUCUUUUCAAAUAGACCAAUAGCCGGUUUUGCCUGUGCGCCUCCACAUCUCCAAAACCGAUGCAUGCUGGGGUCCCAGUGGCGGAUCGAUCUAGGGGAGGGGCCCGGGGAGCCCCCCCUUCCUUAUUUUAGACCAAACUAAAGCCCGGCCCGAAGGGCGGGGCGCUUAUACGGACCUCCCUAAAAAUCACGCCUUAGAUCUUGUUCUUACUUACAUGUUGUACUUUAACUAUUAUGUAGCCACUUACAUGUUUAAAGUUAACGUUCAAUAUAAAGUUACAAAUAACUCGUUAAAAAUAUACCAUGUACGCACCUUGCCUUGGUGGUGAUAAAUUAGUAAAAGCACAAUGAGCAGGAAACCACCACCGCUGUUUUUUCACCAGUUGACCCUGCUUUCCUGUUUCACACUUGUCAUAGCAGGUAACACCGCUGACCAAUAGCUACCACAGGCCUACUAACAAAUUCAGACAGUUUCAAGUUGUCCCCCUCGAUCACCGCUCGUUGAUCCACGUUGCGUCAAGGACCUCUCCAGCGUCAUCAGUUAAAUCCGGUUACCUUCUUUGGUCAAAAAUAAAUCCAAAGCAUUCUUGUAGACAGAUAAAGCCAAAAUACUUGUCUCUAGCGUUUGAGUUGUUAGAUUGGAGAGAUGCUUGCAGAGUGGAAAAGUAUUGUAGACUGAGAAGUUCUUUUAGCUCAAGUUACUUUUUUAAUUGUUCAUAUAUUUAUGUAUAAAAGUAUUUUCUUAUUUAUUAAUAGAUUUAUUUUAGUAUUUUGUUUUUUUGGUCUUCGGAUAUUUAUCUCUAGGUUUGUCAUGCUUUGUUGUAAUACAUGUGACCUUUAGUGUAGCUAAAGUAAGCGUGCCGAGAAGAGUUGUCUCCUUGGUAUGGGCUAUUAAAAGUAAGGGUGGAGAGAGAAAGUCAGAAAUUUGGUUUGAUCAACUAAAUAUUCUGUGAUUAACAGUACCUCUUAAAAUGCUGAGUUUCCUUUCUUUUCUUGUAUUAUUUUUGAUACCUAAAGAAGAGCCAGCUUCAAAAACAAGUAAGACGACAUCAAGUAGCAAUCCCAGUGAUGCUGAUCAUGCAGAAGACGCGACUUCGGAGAAUUCAAUUGACGGUAUAAUGUCUAUAAUCUUGUUGUUAUGUAUGAAUUAAGCUAUUUCGAUAAUAACUCCGUAAAAUAUUUCUAACAUCGGAAAAUAGGUUUUGAAAAUCAAAUGACUUCCAGAUUGCAGACGUACGUAACCAACGUUCAAAACAACUUUAUUUUACUGUUUGGGUAAGGUUAUUAAAUUCAAUUAACAAUUUUCUUUUUUGUGCAGAAACGAAGUCUCGAAAAACUGAAAGUAACCCUCCAGAGGUAGAUGUUGCUGUGCUUACAAAUAAAGAACUUCCUAAAACAUCAAAACGUUUGGAUCUUGAGCAACUGCCAAUCGAUAUUCUGUUGUUGACAGUACAGGACUGUGAGUUUUUAGCCUGUCUUUCCCACCUGACGGGUUUCUCGAGGAUGUUUCAAAAAGACCUUGGCGACGUGUACAUCGGAAAAAUAGGGGAGAUGAAAAUCGCUCUAAUGAAGUGCAGAAUGAGUGCGGCUGGUCCUGGAGGUGCAGCAGGUGUUGUUAGAGACGCAGUCAAAGCCUUAACGCCCAAGGCAGUGUUUUGUGUUGGUUACUGUGGGGGCUUACAACCAGUCAAAGUCAAGCUAGGAGAUGUAGUUAUUUCCGAGGUACUAAUCACAUACGCUCCUUCAAAAGUCACCAAAGAUGGUAUUGAAGAACUUGGCGACCGAGUUCCGCUUAAGCCCAAUCUUGCCAAGCUAAUACUCAAUGCUGCUGCUGGAUGGAGCGCACCGUUGCGGGAUCCAGCAGAAUUAGAGGUGGAACAGGUACGAGGUGCGUUAUUGAGUGGACCACAAGUGGUCGAUGACAAUGAUUUGCGUGAAGCACUUCUCAACCGAUUCCCUGGGGCAAUUGCUAUCGAGAUGGAGGGCGAAGGUAAAGUAAAAUAACAUUUUAUGACAAAAAUUCAUCAUUCUCCAUUCAAGUGACGUAAACUGCGUUAGAAAUGGGCGUAUCGGUUAUCCAAAAAGUUCCGAUCCAUUGAUAAUAAUGCAUUCCCCGUAUGCACCAACGCUCAAAGGUGUUUUAACGUUGUUUAUUAGUGUCCUAAAGUUUUAAAUCCUGUUUUAAUUGGUUUAAAAUGUGUACCAUUCAGACUAACUAGAAAAUAAUCGUAGCGGCUUUUGAUUACUUUCUAACAAUCGCUUGACGUGAAAACUUUGGUGUAAACGAGACACAAGUUUUGAGGCAUUUUUAAACGAAUGGAGAAUUGAACUAAGCUGGCUUCAAUUCUGUUCUAAACCAUACACUUUAAAAAAAUAUAUUUGGGAGCUUGAGCAACUACGAAGGCGCGGAGGGCAAGUGGAACGUCGAAAAAGGAAAACUGCACAUUAGCUGAUUCAAACAAAAAAUCAGCAUACUUUUAGAUCUUUGGUCAAAUUCCAGAUCCUUCUCUUGGAAAUGUCUUAUCUACUACAUGUUAUCUUUACUUUAAGGUGUUUACUCAGCAGCACAUGACCUGAACGUUGAGUGGAUAAUUGUAAAAGGCGUGUCGGACUUCGCAGAUGGCAAAAACUCUGAGAAAAAUGCAUGGCGACCCUUUGCGAGUUUAAUGGCUGCAUCAUUUGUUGCUCAUAUCCUCAGUAAUCCCAUCAUUUUUGAAGACUGGCCUCACUACAAUAAUGGAAAGACGAGUCUACCUCUCUCCUCAGGUGACUACCACACUGACGUGUUUAAUUUUUUUAAAUGA